AUGAAAGAACUCGGGGUGACCCCUACUCAAACCGCAAGGAACUUGGGUGUGACACUGGAUGACCAGCUGUCCUUCACUGCCAACAUCACAGUGACGAACCGCUCCUGCAGAUUCAUCCUCCACAACAACAGGAGGAUACGUCCGUUUCUCACAGAGAAGGCAACGCAGGUACUGGUGCAGGCUCUUUUCAUCUCACGCCUGGACUACUGCAACUCACUCCUAGCUGGUCUGCCGGCAUGUGCCAUCCGAACUCUGCAGCUCAUCCAGAACGCAGCGGCUCGGUUGGUCUUCAACCUACCCAAAUUCUCCCACACCACACCAUUCCUCCGCACCCUGCACUGGCUGCCGGUGGCAGCUCGAAUCCGAUUCAAGGCACUGGUACUCGCCUACCGUGCUCCGAAUGGUUCAGGCCCUUCCUACAUCCAGAACAUGGUCAAACUCUACACCCCAGCCCACCCACUCCGUUCUACCACUGCCAAACGCCUUGCCACUCCCUCACUGCGAAAGGCAGGCAGCCACCACUCUUCUAAAUCCAACCUGUUUUCUGUCCUGGCUCCUCAAUGGUGGAACGGGCUCCCUAUUGAUGUCAGGACAGCGGAAUCCCUCCAAUGCUUUCCUAGCAGACUGAAAACUCACCUGUUCAGACUGCACCAUACUCCCUGAAUACACUAUUCUAAAUCUAACUACAUAUACUGCACACACACAUACAUAAAAAAAUAAAAAUAAAAAAAGCACUUUAUGACUAAUAGCACUUGAAGCUUUCUUUGCCUAUUUCAUGAAUGUUUAUGCACUUUGUUAACUUUUGCACU